AUGGUUAUCUCUAACGGGCUCGCCAUUCUGUUCCUCGCGUCGAUGGCACGGGCUUGGAUGGCCACGGGCCAGGCGUCAAACUUCAACGUAAGCGAGGAAGUAGCUUUGACAUACGGGUGCAAUGAGACAUGCCAAAAAGUCCUGUCUCUCACAAACGCAGCCGACCUUAAGACGCUUGGAACCGCAUUCGACUUUGACUUCUACGCAACGGCAGAUAAUUUCUCUGCGUCGGUUCCAGGCGACUUGCUGAAACUAGGGGCGAUCAACAGUUCUAACCUAGAUGUCCCUGCUGGAAUGACUACAUUCCGAUUCCAGUAUACUUCUCGAGACCUAGAUGGAAGUCCCGUGCCCUCAACAGGAUUUAUCGCAUUCCCAUAUGCAAAGCCUGCCCAUGGUGGAAAGAUUCCUCUUGUCGCGUUCGCUCACGGCACUAUUGGUGUUUAUCGUGGCUGUGCGCCAUCAUCUUCUCCCGAUGUCUUCAACUAUGAUAGUUGGACCCCACUGAUAUUCCACGGUUAUGCCGCCCAUGCAAAUGACUUGUAUUAUUCGGUACAGGCUGCUCGCAAAACCUUUCCUGGAGUUUUCACCGAAGAGUGGAUGAGUAUUGGUCACUCCCAAGGAGGCGGCGCGGUGUGGAAGCUAUCUGAGCACCCACUUGUGCAAAACGCCAGCUCAGGAUAUCUAGGGACUAUUGCAGUAUCUCCAGGAGCCAAGCUCUAUGACACCGCGAAAGUUGUCUUUGAUUCGAUUCUUCCUCGACCAGACUUUCAUCAGUUUGUUGUCUCUGCUGAGAUGGGCCCUCUUGCCUACGGAGUCAUGCAAGUAUUUCCCAACUACACGACUCCAUGGCUUGGUAACGGUAUGAUACGGAGGCUUGGUCUGACCACUCUCUUACAGUCCUGUACCUUAGCGUUUAUGGGCAUGUCAUUUGACUUGCCACGAGAGGAACUCAUUGCGCUUGAUGCAAAUCCAGCAGCGGAUGAGACACUGAAGCAAUUUCAAGCUAUCAAUGCCCCAGCACAAGGUGAUCCAGCUUCACGACCAAUCCUAGUCAUACAAGGCUGGAAUGACACUUCAAUCCUUCCUGAAACCACCGUGGCGGCAUAUCAGGACGCUGUCGCGGCAGGGAACGAAGUCCACUUGCUCCGCUAUCCUGGACUCGAUCAUUCCGCGACUAUAACUGCUUCAGCACCAGCAUGGCUGAAAUUCUUGGACGAUCAGUUUGCUCACAAGCCUGGAUGUGGUGCAUCGACGGAUGUAACAGUUCAACCAUUUGAUUUAACCGUAGCAAAAACACCGUUGGAGCUUCCCUUGAACGAAGAGCCACUAUUAGGCUUUCUGCGGUAUUAGAUGUUGG